AUGGCAGAAGUCAUCGGUCUUGUCGCCAGUAUUGGCACCAUCACUGCUGCCGGCUUCAAAGCUGCCAAGGCCAUCUCGACAAUCACUAGUGAGCUGGGCACUGCCGGAGCCGAGAUAUCUGGAAUCGCCACAGACCUCAAGGCUGUAUCUCUGAUACUCAACGAACUCAAAAAGCGCCUGAACAAAGCAGAUAACUUGAGCGUCGAGGUUCUCGAUGUUGCUUACGAGAUUACGGCCCUUUGCAAGACGGAUAUCGAAGGUGUUGAAAGAUUUCUCGUCCCGUUGACAUCCCCAUUCGGACAGAGCUUGAAGCUGAAAGAUAAAGUCAAGUGGCUCUUUGAGAAAGCCAAAGUAUCUUCUCGAAGAGCGUCACUGGACUCAUUGAAGCUCACACUCGGCCUAUUCCUCCAUACACUGGACUUUAUCGAGAAUGGGGAUGAAGGAAGUGAAGACGUCGCGGAGCAUAUCAAGGAAGAAGUGCGUAACUUGGUUGUCGAAACUCAGUAUACAAAAACGGCACUGCUCGAUGCAGAACGACUAGACACUACUUUCAGGUCCGAAUAUGAAAACUCCCUCACACCUUCUUCGCAGAUUGAAAAUGGGGAGUAUAAACCAGAAGACUCUGCCUUGGUAUCUCGAUCAUCUAUGUACGAUCAGGAUCAAAUGCAACUCACUCGCCGUCAGUCCCAAACAGACUCUGCUGUCUUUUUGGAAACAAUGUCUGACGACGACUUCAUCGAGAUUUCGGAACACCUACGGUUACAGAAGGUAGUCAGGGAAUUGGCUGUCAAGAUUGUUCAUCCUACUCAAAGACAAGGAGCUCAAGCUGCCUCCUCCGAUGAUUCAGCUCGCAACUGGCAAGAUGAUGAUGCGAAUCGCGGCACGUACACCUUCCUGCCUUCAAGAGACAGAUUGGAAGAGGAGUUGGAAAACACAAAACAACAUCUCGACCAAAGUUUGGAACGCAUUUCUCUGUUAGAAAGGGAGGUUGCAAGAUAUGAACUCGAAGCCCGUGCCAAUGAGGAAAGAGAAAGACGGCAACAGGAGGAACAAAGGCGUCAUGAUGAGGAAAGCCGUAUCAGGAGCGAGACAGAACAAGCCUUUCAUAGAAGAAUGGAAGAUAUGCGUUUGGAACAAGAAGAAGCCAAGCGUGAGGUUGAAAAGGCGAGGCGUGAAGCUGAGGAAGCGGCGAUGGACAAGAUAAAAGCAGAGCAAAAAGCAGAACAGGAAAGACAAAAGGCUUAUGAAGAUGCUAUAGCUGCUGCGAAGGAGACUGCAAGGAGAGAAUUUGAGGCUGAAAUGAUGGAGAGAGAGCAAGCUCAGAAGCGAAUUCGCCCACAAUACGGAGAAUCAAAACAUUUCAAGACUGUUCCCGAAGUUUCAGAAGGCAGAGACCUAGGUUGUUACAUAUGCUGGACAAUAAGCCACACCAAAAGAUGGAGAGAAUCAGUCCUGGAGGCCUUUACAGAAGGCCUCGAGUACACUUUCCAAAGGCGAGUACAGUUGCAACGUUUCUAUACCAAUGAAGCUAACGGACCGAUAAAAGAAAUUCCUGGGGAUUUGCGAAAUUGCUGGUUCUGGAGAUCAGAGGAGGAGUAUGUGAUGGGAUUCCGGGAGGGACUCACCAAUGGACAUUCGAGGGGCUGGAGACAGGAGGGCCAGACUUGCGAUCAGAUAUCUCCGACUACGAUGAAUCUGUCUUCUCGCUUAAGCGCCAUAGAUGGAUAG